AAGCCCAGCUACUCCCAGCUGCCUGUGAGCUCUGACAGGAACUCCGACGCUCCCUUUUGGCCCAAAUGACAGGACACACUGGGCUGGUGCAUCGGCAAAUUCUUACCUUUCCCCUUCACUGUUACCAGGAUCAGAUUGCAUCUCUUUGAGUCUCCUCCACUCCCACCUCUGUGACUCUAUAAAAGAAGAAGUAGAGAAGAUAAAUCCACUCUCAUCACCUGGAAGGGAAGACAAAACAGCCUCAACUACGUUUUGAAAAAAUCUUUCCAAGACCUUUCUUCAGAGAUUUUACUCAGUUGAUUUGCACAAUGAAGAAAGAACACAUUUUUUGGAUGUCUGUAUGCCUGCUGCUUGGUCUUGUCCCUGCCCCUGUUAACUCAGCAGCCAAGGAAGAUGAAGAAUUUACAAACAUUACAGAUAUUAAACCACCACUACAGAAGCCGACACACUCAUUUUGUGCAAUGAAGGUAGAUGAUGGGCCGUGCAGAGCAUUCAUCAAGAGAUUUUUUUUCAAUAUUCUCACCCAUCAGUGUGAAGAAUUUAUAUAUGGAGGAUGUGAAGGGAACGAGAAUCGAUUCGAGAGUCUGGAAGAAUGCAAAGAAAAAUGUGCACAAGAUUAUCCAAAGAUGACUACAAAGCUGCCAUUUCAAAAAGGAAAGCCCGAUUUCUGCUUUUUGCAAGAAGAUCCUGGUAUUUGUCGAGGUUAUAUUACCAGAUAUUUUUAUAACAAUCAAUCAAAACAAUGUGAACGUUUCAAGUAUGGUGGGUGCCUUGGCAAUCUAAACAACUUUGAGUCAUUGGAAGAAUGCAAGAACACCUGUGAGAAUCCAACGAGUGAUUUCCAGGUGGAUGACCAUAGAACCCAGCUCAAUACUGUGAAUAACACAUUGAUUAAACAGCCGACCAAGGCUCCCAGACGUUGGGCAUUUCGUGGCCCCUCGUGGUGUCUGCCCCCAGCAGACAGAGGAUUGUGUCAAGCCAAUGAGAUCAGAUUCUUCUACAAUGCAAUCAUCGGGAAAUGCCGCCCAUUUAAGUACAGUGGAUGUGGGGGAAAUGAAAAUAAUUUCACUUCCAAAAAAGCAUGUAUCACAGCUUGUAAAAAAGGUUUCAUCGGAAGACUAUCAAAAGGAGGACUAAUUAAAACCAAAAGGAGGAAAAAGAAGCAGCCUGUGAAAAUAACUUCUGUAGAAACUUUUGUUAAAACGACUUAAGUUUGUUGUAAUAGAAAAUUAAUUCUACUAAUCAUUUUCUUUGAGUAUUUCACUCUGAUUUAUCUUGUUUUCAUCUGCUAUGAUACUUUUACUUAGUCUGUUUCUUAAAUAAUUUUCUAGACUUAGUGUGCCUGAUAUUGAUAUAUUUAUAUCAGAGUUCCUUUUCUAAUCUGGCCAAAUGUCCUAUUCUAGGGCUUAAUUAACUGGCUACUGUGAAUUUACUUUUUCUUUUGACUCCUUUGUAUUUGCCAUUUAACUACAAAUUAUCAUGCUACUGGCCACAUCAAGUCUAGCCUUUUAUUUCCAUCUGGUGCCCAUCUAUUCGACCAUCUGUACUCACUUAUUUGUUAUGUCCAUGUAUGUGAUGGUCUCCUUUAUAGCCAGCCUACCACCGGCUUAAGAAAUAUAGCUCUAAGAACAAACACUUUGGGGUUUUCACUUUGAAAGUGGUAACAAAGACCUGUUUCUGAUAAAAAUUACUCCUAAAUUGUGUUUUUGGAAACAACUGGUAACAAUACAAUUCUAUCACAACCUUCUCUCCCUCCAUUCAAUAUGGAGCCAAAUUGUCUUUGAAAAAAAGACAAGUCAAUUCUGCAACAUAUGCCGUCCUGAUUUUUACUGGUUAAAUUUUUUUCUUCGUUUAAUUCUAGUUAAAUCACUAUGUAUUAAAUACAGUUCAUGAAAAGAAGAAACUUUAUGGCAAACCAAGUUUUUGAAUAGAAAUCAAAAGGAAAUUUUUUAAUUAUAUUAUUCAAUAAAAUUUUCUCCUAACCAAAAUAAUAUUUCACAUAUAUUUGUCGUUAAGCUUUACACACAAUGUAGCCAGUAAUUUGCACUGAAAAAGUUACAUUAUUUCUGAAGAAAAGAACAUUAACAGCAAGGAUGAUUCUACUCUAAAAUGUGUUCACUGUUCACUCACAGCUUUAACAAACAUUUCUCUGGAGUUACUCCCCUGUAUCCAGAGCUGAGCUGUUCCUUUGCGGCUGAGCCAGGCGCAGUCGGGUAUCUCAACAGCCUCCAGGACAUUACGGUUUCUGUGAUGUUCACAUAGUUUCACAUUUAAACCCGAACUUGUCAUCCAGAAACAACAAACCACCUCAUCACUUUGGUUCAGCUGUAAGCUCCAGAAAUAUGAUUACAAUUAUUUCUGUUCCUCAGUCCUGAAAGUUUGAAGUCAAAUUUCAUUUCUUAUUUCUCCCCCAAAUCCUAUCUAAUCAGCCUCAAAUCCUCUUGCUUCAUUUUUCAUAAGGUUCAUCCAGUCCCACCCCCCAGGCUUUGUACACCCUGCUGUAUCCUCAGAAAUUUGAUGGUUUUCUCCACCACUCAAAAUA